UAUAACCCCAGAGCUGAGCCGCAGGGCUGUCUCUUGCUCUGUUCUCCAGUUAGCUGCCCGAUCUGAUCUCUCAGCCAUGUCCUCAGAGAAGAUCUUCAUAGAGGGGGAGACCUGCAAGGCUGAUUGGCACAAUGCAUCUGCAGGGUACAAUGAGGCUGAUACCCACCUGGAGAUCCUGGGCAAACCAGUCAUGGAAAGGUGGGAGACCCCCUAUAUGCACAGCCUGGCUGGGGUGGCUGCUAGUAAAGGAGGACGAGUGCUAGAGAUUGGCUUUGGCAUGGCAAUAGCAGCCACUAAGGUGGAAGAGUAUAAUAUAGAAGAACACUGGAUUAUAGAAUGCAAUGAUGGGGUAUUUGAGCGGUUACAGGAAUGGGCCAAACGCCAAAAACAUAAGAUUGUCCCACUGAAGGGUCUUUGGGAAGAUGUAGUGUCAACAUUACCAGAUGGACACUUUGAUGGAAUUCUGUAUGACACAUACCCACUCUCUGAAGAGACCUGGCAUACACAUCAGUUCAACUUUAUUAAGGGUCAUGCACAUCGCCUUCUCAAGCCAGGAGGUGUCCUCACAUACUGUAACCUGACGUCUUGGGGAGAGUUACUGAAGACCAAAUACACAGACAUUGAAAAAAUGUUCCAGGAAACACAAAUACCUCCGCUUCUGGAAGCUGGAUUCAAGACUGAAAAUAUCAGCACCACAGUAAUGGACCUAAUCCCUCCUGAAGAAUGUAGAUACUAUGCCUUCCCCAAGAUGAUCACACCCACUAUUCUAAAGGCCUGAGAAUACCUCCUCUCUACCCCACACUACCAGCCAGUUGCACUCACUGACAAACUAGGAUUCAGCAUUUUAGAAUGGAAGUGUCCCCUUUUUAAACGCAGGGGACAUUCCAGUAGUUGAUAGUGAGUUAACAGCCCCUGGAUUUACACCCAGUAUUAAAAGACCUAAAAUUACACUACAGUGCAGUUUACUGUUUGCAAGCAGACGUUUUGCACUCUAGCUAUUUUAUCAUAAUGUGAAUUUUAUGUGGCGUAAAUGCACAAUAAAGUUAUUUGCUUUAAA